AUGGCUCGUACUAAGCAAACCGCUCGGAAAUCCACCGGAGGAAAGGCCCCAAGGAAGCAAUUAGCAACAAAAGCAGCUCGUAAAUCAGCACCAGCGACCGAAGAAGUGAAGAAACCACACAGAUUCAGGCCAGGAACUGUUGCUCUUCGUGAAAUCAGAAAGUAUCAGAAGAGCACUGAACUGUUGAUCCGUAAACUCCCAUUUCAGCGAUUAGUUCGUGAAAUCGCCCAAGAUUUCAAAACUGAUUUGAGGUUUCAGAGUUCAGCAGUUGCAGCUCUACAAGAAGCAGCUGAAGACAUUCAACUUGCCAGAAGAAUUAGAGGUGAACGAGCUUGA